CCCUUUUCUCCUCAUUCUUCUUCGAAUAUCUCAUCUGAUCUAUCAGUGAUUUAUCGAAGAAGAAAACAUGGAAGCUUUUCUCCUUUACUCACUUAUCUUUACACUCCUUUACGUCUUCCUUUCCUUCAUUUACUUCAUCGCUAAGGCCAAUACCUCAAACCCAAACGUCCCGCCGGGGUCCAUCGGCUGGCCGGUGCUCGGAGAAAACAUCGACAUGGCGGUGUCGGGGCCGGAGAAAUACAUCUCCGACAGGAUGAGGAGGUACUCGUCCGAGGUUUUCAAGACGUCGAUACUGGGAGAGAAAAUGGCGGUGUUUUGCGGCGCCGCCGGGAACAAGUUCUUGUUCUCCAACGAGAAUAGUUUGCUGACGACGUGGUGGCCGCAGUCGCUGACGAAGCCGCUGCUGGGCCCCACCGACGCCCAGAACACCGUACGGAAAGUGGCGCUCCUCAACCGGAGCUUCAUCCACGAGAUUCUCAAGCCGGAGAAUCUCAAGCACUACGUCCCCGUCAUGGAUUCCUUGGCCAAGGAACAUAUCGCGCAGGAGUGGGCCCCCUUCGGAGAAGUCAAGGAGUUGGCCAAGUUAAGAGAAGUCAAGGUUUAUGAUCUCUCCAAAUCAUACACUUUCGCGCUGGCGUGCAAGUUGUUCUUGAGCAUUGAGGGCCACGACGAGGUUAAAAGGUUGUCGGACCCUUUCAUCCUCGUCACCUCCGGCAUGUUCAGCCUGCCGCUAAACCUCCCCGGCACCGCCUACAACCGCGCCAUGAAAGGCGGCAACAUGAUGCGCCGUCAGCUCCUGCACGUGAUUAAGGAGAGGAAGGCGGAGGCGAUGAGUUCGGCCGGUAAGGCGGCGGACGAGGGGCGAGACUUGUUGGCCCGCCUCCUUAGCGCCACCGAUGAGGAGGGACAACAUAUGAACGAGGAAGAGAUUUGUAAUAAUCUUGUCGGACUUCUCAUUGCCAGCUAUGAUACUACCAGCGCCGCCAUAACCUUUGUAUUGAAGUAUCUUGCUGAACUUCCCCAUAUUUAUGACCAAGUCUACAAAGAACAAAUGGAGAUUGCCAAGUCGAAGGGACCAAAUGAGAGAUUGAGUUGGGAAGACAUUCAAAAGAUGAAAUAUUCAUGGAAUGUAGCAUGUGAAGCACUAAGGCUAUUCCCACCAGGGCAAGGUGCCUUUAGAGAGGCUGUCACUGAUUUUACCUAUGCUGGAUUUACUAUUCCAAAGGGAUGGAAGACGUUUUGGUGUGUGUAUUCAACACACAAGAACCCCAAAUAUUUCUCCGAACCAGAGAAGUUUGAUCCGUCGAGGUUCGAGGGAAGUGGUCCGGCACCCUUCACCUUUGUGCCGUUUGGGGGCGGGCCGAGAAUGUGUCCCGGAAAAGAGUAUGCCCGCCUAGAAGUACUUGUGUUCAUGCACAACGUUGUCACCAACUUCAAAAUGGAAAAAUUGGUGCCGAACGAGAAGAUUGUCUAUCAUGCAUCGCCGGUUCCGGUCAACGGCCUUCCCGUCAGACUUAUACCCCAUCACAAUUAACUUUUUGAUGCACCGCAACAUAUAUAUAUAUAUAUAUAUAUAUAUA